AUGACCGGCUUCAGGCUCCCCGUCGCUGCCCUCAGGAAGCUGCCCGGCUGCUUUGGACUGUGGCGGAGGCUCCCCCCGCGCGGCCUGUGCCCUGCGUGGAGGAGCAGCGUCCAGGGCAGCUGCCAGGCGCGCGCCGGCGGCUCCCUCGGCUUCCCCAGCGCCUCCCCGGCCGGACCGAGCGCCGUGAGACUCUCUCCAGAGCGGAGCUCGGUGCUGGCUCUGCGGAACAAGAGCAGCAAGAGCUCCAAAAGGAAUAAACAGACACUGCAGCAGGAGGAGGAGGAGGAGGAAGAGGAGAGCGAGGCAGAGGAGGAAUUGGAUGAUGACCCCGACAUAGUGAAAAAUUACAAGGAUCUCGAGAAAGUAGUGCAGUCUCUGCGAUACGAUGUAAUCAUGAAAUCCGGACUAGACAUUGCAAGAAAUAAAGUAGAAGAUGCGUUCUACAACAAUGAACUCAGGCUGAACGGAGAAAAACUGUGGAAGAAAAGUAGAACUGUGAAAAUCGGUGACACGCUGGAUCUUCUGGUAGGGGAAGACAAGGAAACGGGAACUGCUGUCGUUAUGCGUGUUGUCCUAAAAAAAGUAUCUGACAAGACUGAGAGCGAGAAAUACAAAGUAAUUCUGAGGCGCUGGAAGAACUUGAAAGUGCCCAAACAGGAUGUGCUUAAGUAGCAGGAGCCUGCACGUGCCGGCAUGAGACUUUCUUUGUAGAAGAGCCCGUCGUUUGUUGUUAAAUGCGGAUUUUGGUUAAACAAGAGGAGGGUGCCCUUCCUAAGGGCUCGCGCUAGUGUUGUGUGCCUCAGCAGGCCUGUGCCCAGCCUGUGCCUCUUGCCAGUAGUGCUGUUCCGUGGCCUUGCUGCAGACAA